AUGCUUCUUCUGUUGCUGCUGCUACAAAGCAAGGACAACUUUCCUGGUAAAGCUAUUCAGAACCCCAAGGAACAGUGCAAGCGAUCUUCACUCAAGAAGGACUUGUUGAAGAAGAGCUCAAGAAAGGUAGCCAUUCACACGCUUCACCAGUUGAGCUCACACAAGCUCGAUUGGCAGCUCGAUCGAGUCCAGACUCUACCAGCUCGAUCGAGUCAGAUGCUUUAUGUUCCAACACCACCUGAUGAUGACACCUACCCCCUGAUCGCGGGAUCAGGUCUUCCCCUUUCCUAUCCCUGA